AUGUCCUGCUGGGGGAACUAUUACCGGUGUCUUAUUCUAUUCGUUGCCUUUUUAUGCCUGACGUCCAUAUGUUCAAAUUACAUUAUCAUUAAUUUCUCAUUCAUUUGUAUGCAAGAAGAUCUCACUGACUUUGUAGUUGUUAAUGGGACCAAAACAAACAUUUAUACCUACGACGGUGACCAUAAAAAGUAUAUCAUGUGGGCAGUGGGUGCUGGAACAGUACUUGGCACUGUGCCAACAAACUGGCUCGUCGUGAAGUUUGGAGCCAAGUGGACAUUUUUAGUCGCUGGAUUGAUUUCUGCUGCUUCAACAGCAUUGAUUCCUUUAGCGGCAAAAUACGAUUAUUAUCUUCUCCUUUUUCUUCGAUUCGUACAGGGUUUUGCCUAUUCUACUGAUUUCGCAGCAAUCGGAAUCAUAACAGUUCGAUGGGCUCCACUCAACGAAGUUGCAUUGUUCCUGGCCAUUCUGACUUGUUUCACGGGAGCUGCUUCUAUCAUAACUAACUCAGUCACUGGAUUUAUCUGUGAAAGUUCUUUCGGAUGGAAGUAUGCAUACUAUCUACACGCAUUCGUAGGACUUAUUUUGUUUGCAUUAUGGGCUGCAUUUUACAUUGAUGAUCCACAAGAUUCGAAAAGAGUAUCCGAUAGAGAGUUAACGGGAAUUCACAAGAAUAAAUCGGCUGCUCAUUUGGACAAAAAAUCAGACAUUCCUUAUACGAAACUCUUCACAAGUCCUGUUGUUCUUAUUAUUUGGCUGAAUGCAUUCUUCGAGAUGUCUGCUGUGAUCUUUUUCACCACAUAUUUACCUAUUUAUUUUCACCAAGUACUCGGGUUUUCAAUUCAACAAACUGGAGUCAUUGUGGCAAUUAUUCUAGGUGUUAAUAUACCUCUUCGGCUUGCAUCAGCUACGUUCAGCGAUCGAAUCACAUUUUUGACCGAGAAAACUAAAAUCAUAAUUUUCAAUUCGAUAUCAGUGGGACUUUCUGGUCUUCUGUUAGCGUGCACUGCAUUUAUUCCAUCGGAAUUCAAUGUCGAAAUCUGCUGGUAUUUUGUUGGGAUAAUGAUGUGCAUUUCAGUGAAUUGUGGUGGAUUUUAUAAAUGUGCUGCUCUCCAUGCCAGACAACAUGCUCACAUUGUAAUUGCUGCAAUUCAAUUCACAAAAUGCCUGGCACUUUUCACUGGUCCCACAUUGGUCGCAUUUUAUGUCAAAGUGGAAUCAAACCAAUCACAGUGGAUUCCAGUUUAUCUAUGUCUUGGCCUUUCGAUGUUUGCUGCCAACUUGAUUUCCGUAUUUGUGUUCACCGAUGAGCCAGCAAAAUGGACAGAUAAAUAUGCGGAAGUGCCUUUAGAAGAAGCAAAAUGUUGA